UUUAUGUUUUAAUUAAAAAAUAUUUAUCUAUACGUUAUUUUAAAAUAUAAAAUAAAAUGUUCAACACAAAAUCUUUAAUACAUUUUUAAUAUUCACUUCGUAAACAAGGAAAUAAAGGAAAAUUUUAAAGUCGCAAAACAAGAAAGAAAAAUCGAAGCCACUCAGUCAGUCAAACAUUUGAAGAAAAAACAACAUGGUGGUUAAAUGCCUGUUAUGCUUAGAGUAUCCUACAAUACCGGGUCCAAAAUUUUUAGAAAUAUUUGGAGAGGAAGGUUUACGUCUAGAUAUAAGUGCGAUUAUUAAUAAAUAUUUUUGGCUAAAGACAAACAGGAACAGUGAAGAUGUACAAAAAAUAUGUAUGACAUGUUGGGAAGUGGUAAGAGAUUUCCAUAUACUCUAUCAGAGAGUAGAGGAAGUCCAUAAACAUAUAGCAGUCAAGACUAUAGUAUUGGACGAUCCACUACCUCAGGAUGUUAUGCUCAAGUCCGAAGAUGAUCCUUCUAUGGCCCAAGAUCCCAUUAUGGACGAUAAUGGCAUGGGUGAUUCUAUAUUUGAUCCGGAAGUUAAGGUUGAGGUACAUGAUUUGGAUUUGUUGCCACAAAUAGAAAUAUUAGAGACUGCUAAUGUAUCGGACAGAAGUGCCAGAUCGAGUCGUCGUGGUCGACCAGCUCGUGAUCAAAGUCCCAAAGUCUCGACAAAACGUAUUAAGAAAGAACAAUCACCUGCAGCUGAUGCCACUGACGUUUUCGCUUCAAAUGAAAAUCUCAAUAAAGAUGGUUUAAAUGAAUCCAGCUCGUUGGAGGACCUAAACUAUACCAAUUCAUUGGAUAAAUCAGAUAAAGAAGAUAGCAGCAAUAAAAGAAGAGGGAGACCUCGUAAAACGGAUACUGAAAAAGCUAAAGCUACCACACCACGUUCUAAACGCUCAAAGAAACAACAGCAGCAGUCAUCAGAUACAGCUAUAAAAAGCGAACAAGAUGCGGAAGAUCAACCUUCCUGUUCUACAGCACAACAAACGGGUAACGCCGAUUCAGCAGAGCCAAAAAUCAAAACUGAAAAUCCUACAGAUGAACAGAAUUAUGAUAACUUUGCCAUAGCCGCUGAAAAUUUCGAAGAUGAUGAUGCUUAUGCUCAAGAUGAUUACGAUGAUGAUAAUGAUAAUAACUACGCUAAGGACUCGGAAGAAUCCUCUCACUCAGAGCUAGAGUCUGAUGCUUCGAAUGACUCCGACUGGGGCGAAAGUCAAAACAAGAAAAAGGAAAAGUUUGCUGUUAUCAUGAAAAAAGAACGCAAUGUUCCCAAGAAAUAUAAGAAACGUGAAAAACCUUUGGUAGAACCAAAACGCAUGAGUCGAGAAGAAAUUGAAGCUCGUCAAGCCCAACAGGCCGAAUAUGAUUCCAUAAUAACGAAAUUCUUUGAAAAAAUUCGCUGUCCUAAAUGUGAACUUUUGGUCCAUACGUUCGGUGAAAUGCGUGCUCAUUUCCGCUUGGAUCAUAAUGAUGAUCAUGGCUUUGUCGAAUGUUGUGGACGUCGUUUUGCCACACGCAAAUUUCUCGCCGAACACAUAUUAGUUCAUUACAAUCCCGAACAUUUUAAGUGCAAGACAUGUGAUAAAGUCUGUCGUGAUUCUACGCAACUGGAAAGUCACGAACAAACUCACCUGCCCAAUCCACCUGCAUCGAAAUACAAGAAAACGUUUCAGUGUGAAAAAUGCUCGAAAACAUUUUCCUCUAAAGCUUCAUUUGAACAUCACAUGGUGGCGAAACAUGUACCACGAGAAGAAUUCAAAUUUGAAUGUCCCGAGUGCAAGAAAAAAUAUCCAAGUAAACGACGCUUAAAUGAACAUAGACAUCAUCACAAUCCAGCCCAGGCCUAUGUGUGUGACCAAUGUGGCAAAACAGUCUAUACCCUUAAUACGCUGCACAAGCACAAGAAAGUUGUACACGGUGUUAAACCACCCAAGAUUCAACUGCAGUGUGAAUUUUGUAAAAGAUUUUAUACGGGUAAGCAGAAUUUACAACAUCACAUCCGUAAUAUGCACAAUACUAAUGAGGAUAAGCGAAAUGUUUGCGAACUUUGUGGCUUUGUGUCCACAACUAGAGAAGGCAAAAUGAAGCAUAUACGUUUUAAGCACAGGGCGGAAAAGAAAUUUCAGUGUGCGGUGUGUGAGAGAUCCUUUAAAGUGCCAGCUCUGUUAAAAGAACACAUGGCUACCCAUACCGGUGUCGAUUUGUAUAAGUGUUCAUAUUGUCCAAACACCUUUAAAUCCAAGUCCAAUAUGUAUAAUCACUGUAAGCGUUUGCAUGCCGCCGAAUUUGAGAACAGAACUACGAAACGCAUGCGUAUACCGAAAAUAGUUCCGAAUUUAGCAGUUGUUGAAAGUGUUGAAUUUGAAUUGUUGAACUAAUGAAAUGUUUUGUUAAUUCUUUUGAAUGGGACUAUAUUCAAUACUCUCUAUCUUGGAUUUGCAUGAAAAUGAGUUUUUUUUUUGAUGGCAAAAUAUUUGAAAUAAUCUAGAGUUUUAAAAUUUCAUUCUUUUGAAUAUUUUCACUUAUAAACUUUAAGACAAAAUUGCUGAAAUUCCAACGAAUUAACAAAAUAAAUAGUUUUAUAACUUUCUUUAGAAUUAGUAUUUUAUAAGAUAGAGAGUUUUGAAUAUUGUCUCUCGUUAUGAUAUAUAGAUAAUAUAAAAUAUCGUAAAUUAAGAAAACUUGUUAAUAUAUAGCAAUCAUUUUUAUAUCUCCAAGUUCAUUAUUAUACAGAUCUUGAAAUAAAUCUUGUGUUUUUGUAUAAUUUUAAAAUAAAUUAUUUUCGAAUUCUAUUUUAAUAUUUUAAAACCGAAAUAAAAUCAUAAAACUAAGAA